CCUGCAGCGUUUACUAUCGUCGCGCUCCGCUCGCUCACACGCUGUGUGCAAGUCAAGACCCGUCGGCGCGGUCCCAUCCUGGCAAAAAACAACAACCUCUCGGCAUUUAGUGUCCGCAGCCCUUCCAGUCAGCACCGUGUCGCCGAGGACAGCAGCCAUGAUUCACUCCCGGACCCUCCGAGUAGAUUAUGCCCAAACCACGCGCGUGGUCUGCGUGGUGGGCUCGGAGCUUAAUGUGAACCUGAACAGGAGCGCCCCUCCCCGCUCCAGGUUCUACUCGGUGAAGUGCACCCCCAGCGUUCAGUACGGCAUCAGACCCUCCCCUCGGCAGACGUCCCACCUCUCCCCCAUCCCCCUCGCUGGAAACCCAGUACUGCUUAUCCGCAUGAGCCGAGCCAGUGAAUAUGAAAACGAUAGCAAGCUGUCUAUUAAGUACUAUGGGGAGCGUGAAGAAGCCUUGGGGAGAGCCGUCCUGCACCUGACGGCUGUUGAGAUCUCUCUGGACGUGGAUGCCGACAGAGACGGGGUGGUGGAGAAAAACAACGCCAAUAAGGGAUCCUGGACAUGGGGCCCUAAAGGGCACGGAGCCAUCCUGCUGGUGAACUGCGACUCAGAGCGGCUUUUCAAGAAGAAACUGGAUAGCGAGCAGAACUAUGUUUCCAGGGUGUCGGAUCUGAAGGACAUGUCCCUUAUGGUGCUGCGGACCAGAGGCCCCGCCAAGCUGCCCGAAGGCUACAAGCUCGCCAUGCACAUCUCUCAGGGGGACGCAGAGAGCGUCCGAGUCUUCAGAUCCUCUUUAGAUAGCACGAAGAAGAACACCGGACGGCAGAAUCUCUUCUACAAGUACUUUGUGAACGACUACCCGCUGGUGCUGAGCAGGGAGGUCCUGUCCCAGGAGGUGCCGUACCUCGGCGAGGCAGCGGAGGCGAGGUUCUACGUGGAGGGCCUGCGGUUUUCUGACCUCGACUUCAACGGGCUCAUCAGCAUCCACCUCAGUCUCCUGGAGCCCAUCUCCUCCGGAUUCCCCGAGACGCCCAUUUUCACAGACACGGUGGUGUUCAGAGUCGCACCGUGGAUCAUGACACCCAACACCCUGAAGCCCGUGGAGGUGUUUGUCUGCAGCACGUCUGACAACUACCAGUUCCUAAAAACCAUGAAGGGCCUUGUUGCAAAGUGCGGGUACAAGCUUAAGAUCUGCCACGAGUAUCUCAACAGAGGAGAUCGCUGGAUGCAGGAUGAGCUGGAGUUUGGCUACAUCGACUCACCUCAUCAGCGGUUUCCCGUCGUUCUGGAUUCCCCUCGAGAUGGAGAGCUCAACGAGUUUCCAUAUGACGAACUGCUGGGACCGGACUUUGGCUACGUGACGCGGGUGGCCGACAGGAAGGACGUGAGCAGCCUGGACUCCUUCGGUAACCUGGAGGUCAGUCCUCCCGUCACCGUGAACGGGAAGCACUACCCGCUGGGCAGAAUCAUCAUCGGAGUGGCCUUCCCCACGGCAACUAAAGGACGGAACAUGACCAAAGUCGUCCAGGACUUCCUGUGGGCCCAGAAGGUUCAGAAGCCCAUCGCCUUGUUCUCCGACUGGCUCUUGGUCGGCCACGUGGAUGAAUUCAUGACUUUUGUUCCUGCACCUGACAGAAAGGGCUUCCGGCUGCUGCUGGCCAGCCCGGACGCCGGCUACAAGCUAUUCAGAGGCUUACAGAGCGACGGACACGGACAAGCCAAACUGUUUGAGGGGCUGAAAGAUGAAGAAGCAGUAACAGUGGAUGAGAUCCUUAAGGAUGAAGUUCUCCAAGCUGAAAACAACUACGUGCAGAGCUGCAUCGACUGGAACAGAGACGUUCUGAAGAGGGAGCUGGGCCUGGACGAGGAGGACAUCAUCGACCUGCCCAUCCUCUUCAAGUUACAGCGGCACGAGUGCGAGUACAGAGCAGCGGCUUACUACCCCGACAUGGUCAACAUGAUAGUCUUAGGGAAAGAACUGGGCAUCCCGAAGCCCUUCGGGCCCCGGGUGAACGGACGCUGUGCCCUGGAGGCCGAGAUGUUGUCCCUGAUGGGGCGCCUGGGCCUGACCUGCACGUUCGUCGACGACUUCGCCUCCUACCACAAGCUGCUCGGGGAGGUGCACUGUGGCUCCAACGUCCGCAGGGAAGCUUUCGACUUCAAGUGGUGGCACCUGGAGAUGUGAACCAAAACUGAGGAGUGGGUGGAGGAGGGUUAAAUUAGACCGAAUAAACAACAGCACCUUUUCUUAACUUCAGGUUGAGAUUAAGCCUUAAGUUGUCUCUGAAAAAAAUCAUGAAAAGCUUCAUUUUCUUCCCAAUCAUUUUACCAUAAGUGCUGCUUUUCUCUUCUCAAAUGACUUUGACAGUAACUUUGAAUACGUGAAGAAUAAGUACAGUUCUUGGAUCAUCUUCAGCUUUAUUAAACAUUUCAGUUGGCUUCAUUUAUGAAAAGGAUUUAAAGCAAUAUUUACAAGUUUUGAACGAGGGCUGAAGCAGACUGUUGACCAGAAAUACAAUCAUUUGAAUGGAGCACAUAGAAGACUUCCUCCUAAUCUUUUGUUGUCAGGGCCGUAUGGUGCAAGCACAGUGAUGUACUGUAAUGAUACAAAGCCACAAGCGGGGGCACUUCAUCUAGUCAAGCAGAGAAACCGCUUUUCUCCGAUCAAUUUUAAAGGCUGUAAUACACAUUUGUGUAAUUAUAACAAAAGCGUAUCUCGCAGUCAGGCUAGUGGCUCUUAACCGCGUUAAUGAAAACUGCAUACAGGCUGUUUCGCAUUUGGACCAAUGUGUUAAAACACUUUUGUAAUUUUAUAAAUGCUGUCUUUAAUUGUGUGUAGAAUCCCCCUCACCGAAAUAAACUCCGUCACAGGCCGAAGACGGGAAGGAGCUUUCUCUGUGGCUGAGCGUCAGCACGGUUUCACCCCUCG